CCCGUUCUAGUGAAUUUUUGAAAUGCGCCUUAAUUGAUUGUUUAGACCUCACCCCUGUGAAACUUUUUCCCUUCGAAUAAAAAACCGAAAAUUCUGAGGAAUCUCUCUCUCUCUCGACCAGCGUUGCAUCUCCAUGGAGCACGGACUUUCAGUCUUGCUUCUUCUCUGAUCCCCAAGCUCAGAGUGGAUUUUUGGGUGGAAUUAUGUCUUCCUCUACUCCUGGAACCCAAGACCGCAACAAGGCCACUUGGCCACCAUGGCACGAUGAAUUUUUGGUACAACAACUUGUAGAACAACAGAAUGCCGGCAGGAAAUGUGACACUAGAUGGAAUAAAGAAGCAUGGAAGAUUAUGAUAGUGAAAUUUAACAGACAAUUUAAAACAACAUUCACCAUCGAUCAAUUAAAGAGUCGUAAGAAGCAAUUAUAUAAACAAUAUAAGACGAUCAAGAAGCUUCUUGGGCAAAGUGGCUUUCAGUGGGACGAUCAAAUGCAUAUGGUGACCGCUGCAGAGGAUGUUUGGAAUGGCUAUCUCUUGGCGCACCACGAAGAGAAACAGUAUAGAUACAAGUGCUUUCCACUUUAUGAACAAUUUGCAGUGAUAUUCGAAGAUAUGAGUGCAGAAGGCAAAGCUGAGCAGUCAACUACCCAACUAGAUGAAAAAGAGCAGUCCAAAAGAGACUUAGAGGCUCCAGACGCCCAAACAGAAUUGCAUGUGUCACUUGCUUUAGAUAAUGAUGGACCAGAAGUUAAUGAAGUUGAAGGGGAAGCUUCUCAAAGUAACACGCAAUGGCCUAUUACUCCUGUAACCGCUCGUCAUCCCAAAAAAAGGAGUCGAAUGGGUGCUGGGCAUCGAACUACUAAUGCCUUAGCAAAUAUAGAAGUGCAAAACACAAAUCAUAUUCAAGGUAAGAUGAUUGGAUGUGGUAAUGAAGGACUUUUUUCUUAUAGAAGUUGCUUAAAUGAGCUACAGGGAUUACAAGGAUUUUCUGAAACCGAAGUAGUGCAACUGGUGGAAAUUUUGAAGGAUGCAUACAAUAGAGAUGCAUUUAUGACAUUGAAAGGAUCGGUUCGUGUGGCUUGGUUGCGCUCAAAGAUCGGUGAAUAGUAAAUCUCAGCCCAUGAUUUUCUAGAUCUCAUGGAUAUGUUAACAUACAUGCUCAAACUUGGUCAAAAUUUUGAUUUCAAUGUAUUUGUUGCUGCCAAGUACCAGAACAUGAAUAUAACAUUGGACAUGGUCAAUCUUGUUUCUAGGUCGUUUAUUAUAGUGUUUGGUUGUCGUUAGACACGUAGUUGAAUACAAGUACUUUAAGCUACUAGGGUUGGCAUGAUUGUGAUUGGGUAUAGCUUUAUGUUAUUGGCAUGUGUGUGGUGCACGUUUAUAUUGA